AUGCCCAACGCCCGCGUUCUGCGCGAUAUCAAGGCUCGCAAUGGCGUCAAGGUCAAUGAGAUCGCUCGGAGAGCAUACCUCUAUGUUGCUCGCAACCAAACUUUACCCCCUCAAGUGCGCUACCAGGCACAACUGCAGUUGAAUACAUUCGGGAAGUACACGAGACCCUCCACGGUCAAAAACAGGUGCACGGAGUCGGGCCGUGGACGAGGUGUCAUGAGCGAGUUUGGCUUGUGCAGGUACCAAUUCCGUCUGAAAGCUCUGGCCGGAGAGCUCCCCGGUGUCAAGAAAGCAUCUUGGUAA